AAACAACCUAGAAUCAUUGCCUGCGUUUCUUCUCCAUCUUUGUUCCCCGUCUUCUUGCCCAUCUUCUUCCUCAUCCAACCAGAGAAGCAAAUCGAAAAUCCCUAUCGUCUUCUUCCCUGUCUUCUUUCUCCCUAAACAAAAAAUCCCUAAUUCUCAUUCCUACCUGCAACCCAAAAUCUCAAAUUUCCCCCUAAUUUUCCUAAUUGACUAUGUGAAGAAAAGUGUUCACCUAUUGCCAUCGGAGAUGAGCGCAAGGAGCUUGAGGAUUUGGAUCUUGGGCAAUUUGGCCUACUUUUCCAAGAUCUACAAAGCCAUUGCCUUAAGAUGUGGGGGUUGAAAAUGCUAUUGAUUUAGAUGAAAGAAGUGAUGAUUCUAAUGAGGUGAAUAUCAUGGCGACACAAACUGAAGGAAGUAAUGAAAAAAGGAAGAAAAACACAAUUGGUUCUUCAAUCAUAUGCAAAGGGAAGAAAGUGAAGUCAGGAGGUGCAGCAUAUAUGCAAAGAUAAUUGAAUUGUCUUUGUGAUGUAGUUGAAAGUUAUACCUCUAUUAGUUUGAGUGAAUCAUCAAAGAAGAACUAUGAAGCACAUGCUAGUAGCAUUGAAGAAUGUAUGGAUGCAUUGUUAACUUUGCUUGGAGUUAAAGAUGCUAGUAAACUUUUUAUGUUAGAUAUUGGUUUGUUUGUGAAACAAAAAUAUAGAGCUAUGCUUAAA